AAUGUGUGUGCUUUCUCCAGAUCGCCAAGACCUGUGUUCCCUCCAGGGUACCACCAACAUGACAGAGGCCUGUGGGAAGACAGAGAUCAAGCGUAUAGCAGACACCAACAACUUGUGGAUGCUCAUGGCUAUAGCUCAGCUGCUGUUCGGGGUGGGAUCUGUUCCCAUACAACCCUUUGGUAUCUCUUAUGUGGAUGACUUUGCCGGACGAGGCAACUCCCCCCUCUACAUAGCCAUCCUGUUUGCUGUGUCUGUGUUUGGACCUGCCUUCGGCUUCCUGCUGGGCUCCGUCAUGCUGAGGAUCUAUGUGGACGUGGACAGAACCGGCUCAGUCACCAAUGCUGAGCUGGCCCCUACAGACCCUCGCUGGGUGGGUGCGUGGUGGAUAGGCCUCCUCAUCUCCUCUGCCAGCCUAGCCCUGACCUCCGCCCCAUACUUCUUCUUUCCUCGCAGCAUGCCGCUGGAAGACGAGAGUGGAACUGCAGCUGCCAUUCCGAAUGAAGACUCCAAAAAGCCUGCGUUCUCAAUGCUUGAUUUCCUGAAGAUGUUCCCCAAGCUGUUUGUCCGUCUGCUCCUCAGUCCUCUGUUCCUGCUGUUGGUUCUGUCUCAGUGCUGUUUCUCUUCAGUCAUCGCUGGCCUCGCCACCUUCCUCAACAAGUACCUGGAGAGACAGUACAGCACGACCACCGCUUACAGCAACCUCCUCAUAGGUGCGGUGAACCUUCCGUCCGUUGCCGUGGGGAUACUGGUGGGUGGAGUCAUCAUGAAGAGGACAGGUCUCUCUCUGAAGACCAUCCCUCGUUUCUCUGUCGCCAUGCUCACCAUCUCUGUCCUCCUCAUCAUCCCUCUCUUCUUCAUGGGCUGUCCCACACAGAGGGUGGCGAAGGUCAACUACACACCCCAUGGAUUUCUGUCAACCUGUUAUUCCAACUGCUCCUGUCCUGUUAACGCCUUUAACCCAGUGUGUGGAUCUGACAACAUCGAGUACCUGUCUCCCUGUCACGCAGGCUGCAAAGAGUACACCAAAGAACCCAAGAACAAAUUCAGGGUUCUGAAGUACACAGACUGUGUCUGUAUAGCUUACAGCCAGGGUAGUGGUGGGGCUACUGCCCGCCCCGGACCAUGCCCCAACCAAUGUCCUCACUUCCUGCUUCCUGUCAUGUUCCUCAUCUCUCUGGCCGGGUUGAUCGCCUCCCUAACACACAACCCCAUCUAUAUGAUGGUCCUCAGAACUGUUCCCCAUGAAGACAAAUCCUUUGCCAUAGGAGUCCAGUUUCUGCUCAUGAGAGUGCUUG